AUGGGUGAAGUGUACAAGGUUGGUGACUCUACUGGAUGGACAGACAAAGGUCACAUUGACUACAAAUCUUGGUCUUCCAAUAAAAAUUUUCGUGUUGGAGAUUCCAUUGUGUUUGAAUACAAGCAACACAUGGACAACGUGGUACGAGUUACACACAAAAACUUCAACACAUGCAAUGCCACAACAACUUAUGCCACAUUUAACACUGGAAAUGACACAUUUGUGAUAAAAAGGCCAGGCCAUUUCUACUUCAUUAGCAGCUUCCCUGGCCAUUGUCAAAAUGGCCAGAGAGUUGACAUCCGGGUUCCAAGGCCCACAAAAUCGUCACCUUCUCCUUCUCCGUCACCAACACCACCACGAGCACCUUCAUCAUCUUCCUCUCCUCCUCCUACGGAGCCAAUUACUCCGUCAUCAACACAAGCACCUGCACCAUCACCAAGUGGAUCCUCGGAGAUGUUGUUUUCGAUCAAGCUUUGGUUGUCCAUGCUUCUAAUAGUUGUAGUUGCUAUCGUUUAA